CUAACGUAUCUUCUUACCUCGGCAAUCGCCCUUUGUUUUUCUUUUUCUCUCUCCAAGGUACAAAAUUAAAUUAAAUAAGCGAAUCACACACUGCCAUUUGUGAAACCCGACUCUAUUCCGGUUACGAUCCGACGAGGCACGCUCCAUUUUCAGCUCUUCUUCUAUUAACUGUUAUGAGGCCGUUAAUGAGAAUAUAGACCACCUCCUUUACACUCUCAAGUCAAAGCAGAUUUAAUUUAAUUCUGGGCUGUUGAGAUCUAUCGAAAUGCAGUCACAUGCUGAAGGUGCUUCUUUUACUGUGAAAAAGGAAGUAAAUGAUUAUACCGGUUCUAGUUUUUCUUAUCAAGAUAGCUCUCUUCAGAACCCUAUUGAAGUUUCUUCUUCAUCUGAGGAAGAUGAUUUGCAUGACACAGAGGAUAUAAAUGAGCAGUCUGUUGAAAAUGCUUCAAAGCAGAUCGUACUCUAUGACCCUCUAGCCAAUGGCAAUGGUGACCUUGGAAUAGUUCCUCAACCAAUUCAGUACCAGCCUCGUUCAUCUGUAAGGCGUCCAGGAUUUCUCAUGCCUUCCAGAGUCUUGCCAUCUGUAGGGGCUUUUACUGUCCAGUGUGCCAGCUGUUUUAAAUGGAGGCUUAUCCCAACAAAGAAUAAAUAUGAAGAAAUACGUGAACAUAUUUUGGAGCAGCCAUUUUAUUGUGAAACAGCUCGAGAAUGGCAACCUAAUAUAUCAUGUAAUGAUCCAGCAGACAUUUCUCAAGAUGGAAGCAGGCUAUGGGCAAUAGAUAAGCCUAAUAUUGCACAGCCCCCUCGUGGGUGGCAACGACUGCUACGGAUUAGAGGUCAAGGAAGUAGCAAAUUUGCAGACGUGUAUUAUCAAGCACCAUCAGGCAAGAGAUUUCGUUCGAUGGUAGAGAUCAGAAAGUUCUUGGAUGAUAAUCCUGAAUAUGAGCGAGAUGGUGUAACUCUCUCACAGUUUUCAUUCCGAACCCCAAGGCCUUUGCAGGAAAAUUAUCUAAGAAAGCGUCCUCGUCCAACAGCUUCAUGUGAUAAAACAAGACCUUUUGAGCCCUGUGAAGCAAAUCCCAUUGCAUGGGUUGCUCCUGAUGAUUUUACAGAUCUACAGCUUGGUAGACCCGCAGCAUUCUCGCCUCCAACAUCAUUUCGGCCCCCUAUUUUUGAUCCGAUUGAUCUGCCAGCGAAGCAAGCAAGAAGGACACCUUGGUAAGCAGACAUUUUGCAAUAUAAUCAGUACAAAUAGCAGUUAAAAGUGAGAUUCUUUUUGGCCAAAAUUUGUAUUUUGUACGCAUAUUAUGAAUGCUUUAUUAUAUACAUUUUUGAACAAAGGCUUCUCAUCAGCCUUUGUAUAGAAGGGGCAACUUUAUGUUGGAGGAAUGUUUAGGCAACCCAUAUUUUUUGCUCAUGUAGAAUGUGAACUAAUUAUUUUCAAUGAAAUAUAGUUAUAUAUGUUUAUUCCA